AUGAUUUACUUCAAGGGCCAAUUUUAUCUUGUUACUUGGAGCGGUGCAUUAGGUAUUAUUGAUUUUCAAGGACCUAAUAGUGUUCCUGAAUCGAACAUAGUUUAUCUUAACGAUGAUAAGAAGUUGUUUCGACAACAUUCAACUCAGUUCUAUCUAGUUGACGUAAACGAUGCACUCUUACUUGUUGCCCGAUUUGGUAGAAGGCGUUCAAAUGCUAGCAGGGCUCUCGAAACUGUUAAAUUUGAAAUAUAUGAAUUAGAUGUAGUGAAAGGUAAUAUGAAAGAGAUUAACAACUUGGGAGAUUCAACAAUUUUUGUGGGCUGUAAUGGAGCAACUUCUAUCGACUCCACUAAAUUUACAGGGGUGAUCAAGCCUAAUCAUAUAUAUUUUACUGAUGAUUGGUUUGAUCAAAACUAUCAUUUGGAAUGUGGUGGUGGAAAAGACAUGGGAUGUUACAAUCUUCAAAAUGGAAAUAUUGAAUCUUUUUAUCCUGAAUUGUCACUAAGUCAUAUUUGUCCGCCAACUUGGGUUAUACCAUCCUUAUGA